AUGCCCCAUUCGGAUAACAAAAUGGGUCGUUGGGGGGCAGUUUCGUAUAUUGUUGGGAAUAUUGUUGGUUCUGGUAUUUUUAUUGUUCCUGGAAGUAUGUUACAAAAUACUGGAUCUGUUGGGUUAUUUUUAAUUGUUUGGUUAAUAUCUGCAGCUGUAGCUACUUUGGGGGCUUAUUGUUAUUGUGAAUUGGGGACAAGUAUUAGAAGAUCUGGUGGAGAUUUUGCUUAUCUUACACAUGUUAGAUGGUAA